AUGGGAGAGGUGACUAGACUUGUUCGUCUUGUCAAGGAAAAACGUCAAGAGAAGGUUAGCGAGAUCCUAAAAGAGAUCAAAGACAGUGGAUCACUAUUGCUGCAGAAGAAGACAGACGCUGCCGCAGAGAAGGCAUUGGUAUUCGUGAUCCGACUGUGGCUUUUCGUCGUUCCUAAAUUGCCGAGUGCAAACGUCCAACCUCCUCAAGGGGCCCAAAUCUCGAGGUCUUCUACACUUUCUGAGGUCAUGUCAAUAUCAUUUCCAGGCACCAGCAGCACGAAAAUCGAGGAGCUCUCUGAUGACUUCUCGGCCAAGAGUCUGAUUCGGAAAGGAGGUUUCGACUUUGAAAUCACUGCUGACUUGGACAAACACCUCACGUUCGAUCCCAACUGUCGAUGGAGGAUUAGGAUCUUCGGGUGUGCACGAGCACUUGAAAAGGCGCGACUGUCUGGGUACAAAACAAUGUACCCAGAGGGCUUCAUUGACGAGGUCCAGAGAACCUUGCAACUGCUGUUUCCAACUCUAGAGCGCAAGCAAAUCAGGACCACAGGACGUUACAUUCGGCGGUACCGUGCAGAUCUCGAAGCUCGGAUUGACGGGAACGAGGAGAUGGACCGCUUUUCGCUCGGUAAUUAUCCAGUCUUUGGCGAGCGACUUGAGAAGAUCCAGAAGCGGUACAACGGGUCGAAGUAUAGACUCUUGCGGCAGUGGUGGUAUGACAGGCGACGACGACUUGAGUGGGCAACGUUGAUCAUCGCGAUCGUGGUGUUCCUUUUGACCGUGGUAUUUGGUGUCAUCUCAUCCGUGACCGGCAUUCUGCAGGUUUACGCAGCCUAUUACUUGCACAAUUGA